UUUUUUAAUUAUUUUUUAAUUAAUUAAUUUUUUUCGGUCGCUCGCGUCACAUUGACAUUUAUUAUUUGAAGCGGCAGAUUCCCGGAGCGUUGCUUUCCCCUGACAUCAUCCUCAUCCUCCUCCUCCUCAUCCUCCUCAUCGUCGCUCGGUGUGAACGGGCAUCCUCGGUGGUCGUCGACGGGAAUCCGGGGGAUUGACAGGAUCCGGGUGUCGGUUCUGAGGGAAAGCGGGUCUGUCGGCGGGAGUAACGGUAACGGUAACGGUAUGGCUGACGACGACGUGCUGUUCGAGGAUGUGUACGAGCUCUGCGAGGUGAUCGGGAAGGGUCCGUUCAGUGUGGUGCGAAGAUGCAUCAACAGAGACACUGGACAGCAGUUCGCUGUGAAGAUUGUAGAUGUGGCCAGUUUCACCUCCAGCCCUGGACUCAGUACAGAGGAUCUGAAGCGAGAGGCGAGUAUCUGUCACAUGCUCAAACAUCCUCACAUCGUGGAGCUGCUGGAGACCUACAGCUCCGACGGGAUGCUCUACAUGGUCUUUGAGUUUAUGGAUGGAGCCGAUCUGUGCUUCGAGAUCGUGAAGAGGGCCGAUGCCGGCUUCGUCUACAGCGAGGCGGUGUCCAGCCACUACAUGCGGCAGAUACUUGAAGCUCUGCGCUACUGCCACGAUAACAACGUCAUUCACAGAGACGUCAAGCCUCACUGUGUGCUGCUGGCCUCGAAGGAGAACUCUGCUCCUGUUAAACUGGGCGGCUUCGGUGUGGCGAUUCAGCUGGGCGAGUCAGGGCUGGUGGCUGGAGGUCGGGUAGGGACCCCUCACUUCAUGGCUCCUGAAGUGGUCAAGCGAGAGCCGUACGGGAAGCCGGUGGAUGUUUGGGGUUGCGGGGUCAUUCUCUUCAUCCUGUUGAGCGGCUGUUUGCCUUUUUACGGCACCAAGGAGCGUCUGUUUGAAGCCAUCGUGAAAGGAAAGUACAAGAUGAACCCGCGGCAGUGGAGUCAGAUCUCUGAGAGCGCUAAAGACCUGGUGCGACGCAUGCUAAUGCUGGACCCGGCCGAGAGAAUCACCGUCUAUGAGGCGCUCAACCAUCCCUGGCUCAAGGAGAGAGAUCGCUACUCGUACAAGACCCACCUGCCCGAGACGGUGGAGCAGCUGAGGAAGUUCAACUCUCGGAGGAAACUGAAGGGCGCCGUCCUUGCUGCCGUCUCGAGUCACAAGUUCAACUCGUUCUACGGCGACCCUCCUGAAGACCUCCACGAUUUCUCAGAGGACCCCACGUCUUCAGGAUUGCUUGCUGCAGAAAGGGCCGUAUCUCAGGUUCUGGACAGUCUGGAGGAGAUCCACGCGCUGACCGACUGCAGUGAGAAAGAUCUGGACUUCCUGCACAGCGUCUUCCAGGACCAACAUCUGCACACACUGCUGGAUCUGUACGACAAGAUUAACACCCGCUCGUCGCCGCAGAUCAGGAAUCCGCCCAGUGACGCCGUCCAGAGAGCCAAAGAGGUGUUGGAGACGCUCUCCUGUUAUCCUGAGAACAUGGAGGCAAAAGAGCUGAAGAGAAUCCUGACACAGCCGCAUUUCAUGGCGCUGCUGCAGACGCACGAUGUCGUGGCUCAUGAGGUUUACAGCGACGAGGCGCUGCGAGUGACGCCUCCACCCACGUCCCCUUACCUCAACGGAGAUUCGCCCGAGAGCGUCAACGGAGACAUGGACCUGGAGAACGUCACGCGUGUGCGCCUGGUACAGUUCCAGAAGAACACGGACGAGCCCAUGGGCAUCACUCUGAAGAUGAACGAUCUGAACCACUGCAUCGUGGCUAGAAUCAUGCACGGCGGGAUGAUCCACAGACAGGGGACGCUGCACAUCGGAGACGAGAUUCGUGAAAUCAACGGCAUCAGUGUGGCCAAUCAGACUGUGGAGCAGCUCCAGAAGAUGCUGCGGGAGAUGCGAGGCAGCAUCACCUUCAAAAUUGUGCCCAGUUACCGCAGUCAGUCUCUGUCCUGUGAUAAAGAUUCGCCUGAACUGUCCGGACAGUCUCCUGCGAACGGCCACUCCAGCGUCACCAGCUCCAUCUUAGAUCUGCCAUCAACUAUCCAGCCCAAAGGAAGACAGAUCUCCAGACCUGCAGUCAAGGAUAAAAUGUUUCGGAAGAUUUACGUUCGAGCGCAGUUCGAGUACGAUCCUGCUAAAGAUGACCUGAUUCCCUGUAAAGAGGCUGGCGUUCGUUUCCGGGUGGGUGACAUCAUCCAGAUCAUCAGUAAGGAUGAUCAUAACUGGUGGCAGGGCAAACUGGAGAACACCAAGAACGGCACGGCGGGCCUCAUUCCCUCGCCGGAGCUGCAGGAGUGGCGUGUGGCGUGUAUAGCGAUGGAGAAGACCAAGCAGGAGCAGCAGGCCAGCUGUACAUGGUUCGGCAAGAAGAAGAAACAGUACAAAGACAAAUACUUAGCCAAACACAACGCAGAUCUGGUGACGUAUGAAGAGGUGGUGAAGCUGCCGGGGUUCAAGAGGAAAACGCUGGUGCUGCUGGGAGCUCAUGGCGUCGGCCGAAGACACAUCAAGAACACUCUCAUCGCAAAACAUCCCGACAGAUUCGCAUAUCCCAUCCCACACACCACCAGACCUCCGAAGAAGGACGAGGAGAACGGCAAGAACUACUUCUUUGUGUCACAUGACCAGAUGAUGCAGGACAUCUCCAACAACGAUUACCUGGAGUACGGCAGCCACGAGGACGCCAUGUACGGCACGCGCCUCGAGACCAUCCGCCAGAUCCACGAGCAGGGCAUGGUGGUCAUCCUGGACGUGGAGCCGCAGGCGCUGAAGGUUCUGCGGACGGCUGAGUUUGCGCCAUAUGUCAUCUUCAUCGCAGCGCCGACUAUCACUCCUGCGAUGAACGAGGACGAGUCUCUCCAGCGGCUGCAGAAGGAGUCGGAGGCGCUGCAGCACUCUUACACGCAUUACUUCGACCAGACGAUCAUCAAUAACGAGAUCGACGACACUAUCCGCCUGCUGGAGGAGGCCAUCGAUCUGGUGUCUAGCACUGCGCAGUGGGUGCCGGUGUCCUGGGUGUACUAGCCAUCUCUCACACACACACACACGGACUUUACAGCCCGGCCACUACCAGUGCGUAGCGUUGUAUAUAUCUAUACAUAUAUAAAUAUCUAUAAAUAUGAAUAUAUAAGUCAUAGAUAUGGUCCUGUACGAAUAACAAGGGGGGUUGAUGACUUUUUAUACGGUUUUCUUUUUAAACGUACGAGAUGGCGUCUCAGAGCAAUGAUGAGCACAGUCAGUGGAGGGGGAGGAGCCAGCACCCAUCAGCCCCACCCUGUGGGCGUGGCUAUGUGACUCCACCCACUGGCCUGCAGUCUAUAAGCACAGCUGACCCUCUCUCUCUCUCUCACACACACACAUGAGCACCGUUUGCAUACACCCCUCUGUUUACAGAUGUAGGUUUGCACAAAGGGCAGCGGAGCCCAGCGCUCUUCCUCGGGCUGCUCCUCCUCUUCCUCUAGAUGUGUGUCGAGAUCCACCUCCGAGCCUCAUGCCCCGUGUAGUGACGUGUUUGUAAAUUGUCCUGGAUUUGAUUUCUUGUGCGGAACGAGGAGGAACAUAUUAAUUCCUAGAUCGACCAUUUCAGAAAAUGUGCUGUCUUAAGAGUAUUAUUGUUUUACUCCGAGAAAACCGAGAGGAUUUAAUUGUGUGUAAAUGUUUCAAUGGUGCGUAACUGUGCGGUUGAAAUGAAGUAGUGUGUGCAUAAACAACUGAACAGACUGUGUGAACUCUUCAUUUCAUAUCGCCCGGUGUAAAUUCCUCUGCAAGCGAAGAAACUGCUCUUCAGUGUGUCUGUCUGUUUGUUUUUUCUAUUUCCUUUCAUGUGUUGGAAAAAGUAAAUUGCUUUUGAAAUCA